AGGAAGGUUUUUCCCAGCUGUGAAAUUACAUAUUUAGCUGGCAGACACUUGUUAUUGAGUCGUACUGCCAGAAGUUUCAUGAUCACAUCGAGAGGUCCGUAGCAGUAAACAGCAACAUAUAGCAAGCAGAACGUUGUGGCACUGAGCCAUGUAUAAGCUGGCCAAAAGCUUGACCCUUAUAGCUGUGCUGACAAGCAGCUUGGCGCUAUCCUCACAGGAACAGCCACAGGAGAGUAACCUGGGUGCUUUUCAGUCUGACUGGCCAGUCGGUGACCCACGUAGAUGUCAAGAGCAGUCAAGACUGAGUAAAUUGGACGUCAAGCGAUUUGAAGUAAUACCAGGUGUAGGCUGGGAUAAUCUCCGUAAUUUAGAAGCUGGUCUUGUGGUCAGUUACAACUUUACACAAUGCAAGGUGACUGAUGAUGGAAACUUCCUGAUACCUGAUAAUGUAUUUACAGUUCCUAUCAAGUCCAGCAGAGUGGAAAGGUUUGCUGAACUGAUAGAUAGCUGGCACAAUACAUCUUCCAUCACAUCAAACACAGUCAACAUUGAGGCUGGUCUGUCUCUUACAAAGUUUUCCAUCAGCGGGAAGUUUUCCUACGAGCACGAUGAAAUGAAGUCUAAAAUGAUUGAAGACAAGGCUGUGACCGUCAGAGUACAGAUGAGAUACAACAGAUAUGAAGCUAAGCUUCAACCUGAUCCAGUUCUAAGUCCACAAUUCAAAAAGAGAUUACUCAGCAUUGCAGCAAGACUCGAGCUGAACCAAACGGAACAAGCGAGAUACGAAGGACAACUUCUGGUCAGAGAUUUCGGUACUCACGUCUUGACCAGUGUUACUGCUGGGGCUGGUCUGGUGAAAGACGAUUACCUCCAGACUAAAUUUGUUUUGGAUAGCGUAGACAAGAAAUCCAUAAUUUUGGCAGCAGCAAGUGCCUCGUUCCUCAACAUCUUUCACUUUAGUGCCUCCUACGGACAUACGACAGAUAACAGCAUGAGUGAUUCUUACAACAAAAGUUUGACCCAUUCAAUUGUCAAGACACUUGGAGGGCCAUUGUACCGAGCUGAAAAUAUGACGCUAGACGAUUGGACUAAGGGUGUGGAUAAAAAUCUUGUUCCCAUGGACAGAACAGGUGACCCUUUGUACUUCCUUGUAACGCCACAGACAUUACCAGAGUUACCCAUCACCACAGUGAAUGAACUUGAAAAGAUUGUACGUGAGUCCAUAGAGCUGUACUAUGAGAUGAAUACAAUUAGAGGAUGUACCAAACUUGGCUCGCCCAAUUUCAGUUUCUCUGCCAACUUUGAUGAUGGUUCUUGUACGGCUCGUCCAACCAAUCUGACAUUUGGGGGAACUUACCAAACAUGCUCAGUCUCUGGAAGUUAUUUGACCAAAAAUCCAUGUGAUGGCCUUGACCAGGUUAACCCCAAAACAGGAACUUAUUCUUGUCCUGCCUCAUACAAACAAAUUCUGAUGCAGUCAGCUGUGAAGACAGGAUCAACAGAAUAUCAAAGAUCAUGUCACAGUUGCUGGCUUUUCUUUCAUUGUUGCCAUACUGACCAGUAUCACGCUGAUGCCGUCUACUCGACGUACUGGUGUGUAGCCACCGGACCAGUCCAACAGAAUUCCGGUUAUUUGUUUGGUGGCCUGUUCACCUCCAACCAAGAUAACCCAGUAACUGGAACAACUGGUUGCCCUCCUACAUUUUACCCCAGACGUAUUCUCUUUGAUACGACCAUCUGUAUCAGCGAUGAUUUCGAAGAAAGUAGCCCCAUGUCUGUUCCAUUUGGUGGCUUCUUUUCCUGUAAAUCAGGAAACCCUCUGGCUGUCAAUGGAGUCAGUCCUGUUGGGUCACAACAGAAGGCUACAGUGUCAGGGAACUCUCUGAAAGCUUUUAUGGCCCAACAGAGUGAUGAUUCUCAAUCCUAUCCAAUGAGAUGUUCAGAAGGUUACAGUCAGCAUCUAGCUACAGUAGACGUGGGAUGUUCUAUUAACUACUGCGUUAAGACUGGGGCUUUGUCAGGACCAAACCUGCCACCUAUUAAGCGACCUCCAUUCAUGCCCAAGCCAGCUGCACUUCUGGAUGACGAGAAUAACUUGGUUAUAUUUAACAUUGAGACACAGACGUGGAUGAAGAAUGACCAGGCCUUACAGUUCCAAGCCUUACACGCCACAGCUUCACAGAAAAACUCUGCUAACGAUGACAGUCUAUCACCAGGCGCUGCUGCCGGUAUAUCUGUAGGUGCUACUUUAGCCUGUGUAGCUGUGACUACUUUUCUCGUCAUGUUGAUCAGAAAGCGAAGAGCUCAGAGAUCCGGUGCCUACAGACGUUUGGUGGUGGGCGAAUCAAGCUAUGGUGCUAUUUCACCAGAACCAGAUAGUGUAGAUGUCCAGUAGACCCAUGUCAACUAGAGAUAUAAAUAUGUUUAUAAUGUAUAGUCAGAUCUGGAAGUUUUUUUAUAUAAAUAUUCAAUGUGUAUAACUUAUUACUUAUUAGGUACAUUUUAAGGAUUACAUUUUCUUUAAGCUGUUUUAAAAAGAAUUAAUUAAUGCUGAGAAAGAAAUUAACAAAAAACUGCACAAUUACAUUUGUAAACGAAAUUGAUUGAUUAGAUUUUAAUAUAUUGACAGCAUUUUUGUUUCAAUGUUUAAGCAUGAAUUAUUUGAAUGUCAACAGUAGAAAUGAUAAUAGUAAUCAGGACAGCAAAAGUUUUUUUUUUUUUUUUUUUUUUAAAAAGGUGUUUCCGGAGAUCUGUGUGCCUCGAGUAAUAAAAAGAUGGGAAUGGGCGUACUAUAAGUACCAAAAUGUCAUAAAAAAUUUCUUUGCUAGUAAGAAUUUUGAAUAGUUUGUUUUAUAAACAUAUGUUUAGAUAAGCUGACUUAGUGGUAAAACCCAAUUUUUAAAAUCUGAAAGUUGUAGUUUUGACGCUUUGAUUUCUUCCACACGGACCUUGAGUCACAGAGUAUGUUGCUCCAGACGAUAUAAAGGCUUGUGGUUAUAAAAUAUGGUACUCUUUAAAAGGAAGUUCAACAAUACAUCUUUUAUUGAAUGUGGCCAUUUUCAUUUUUGAAGUUCCUUGCAUUAAUAGUGUUUAAGAAUAAGUUUAGUCAACACAGCAAGUCGUUGGAUAUUGUAAAGGUAAUUUUGACUACUUGCCUCCAUGAAUAGCUUAUUUUAACAAUCCAGAAUAUUAUCUCUAGCUACGUUGUUUAUUUUAAUCUUAAAUUUUAAACAAUAAAAAUGCAGCAAUGUGUAAAAGAAAUAAACUUACAAUACUAG